AUGCCGUCCUCAUUGGCUUCUAGCGAGCGCUCUGGCUCGGUCAAGUCGCACCACAGCCCCAAGACUUCUCUUCAGAGCAAGGCCGAUCCUAACAUGGCCCUACAUGAAUCAGAACCUACCGCCGUGAACCUCCAACCUGGAUCUCGGGAUACAUUCUCGCUCCGAAGCAUCCAGCAUAAGGACCGGGAAGGAAAGCUCAUCACCGAUCCCGAUCUCUCCAACCCAACACGCAGCCGACUCGAGCGCCCGCUCGACACAAUUCGAUCGUUUGAUGCAGCCAUCGAUGCACAUCGCAAACAGCAACGAAUAUAA